UCGGUCUCCACACACUCUAUCUACUUCUGUAUAUGUAGAGAGAGAGAGAGAUAUAUAUAGAGAGAGAGAGAGGGAGAGAGAGAGGAGUAAAGCAAAAAACCAUUGAGGACAGGCAUGAGUGUAGGGUUUACUUAAAACUGAAAAAAACCCAAACCCUCUCUGAUUAAAAAAAAAUUGAGAUGUUUUCUGUUCAUCUAAUGACUUGUAGGUAGCCGAAGAAACUCGAAAUGCGGGCUCGGAUAUGAACGGGAAUCUGACGAUCCAGCCGAGGGAGUGGAGAUCUCUGCAUUGAUAUUCACAAGGUUAGAGGAUUGUGUAAAGAAGCUAUUAAGGAAAUAAGGAAUUACUGUGUUUGCAUUGUAGCCAAGGGAGAGGGAAAUGGAACCUGGCACUCCUCUUGAUUAUGCAUUAUUCCAACUAUCACCGAAGCGCACACGAUGUGAAUUGUUUGUUAGUACAGAUGGAAAGACUGAGAAACUGGCUUCAGGUUUAUUGAAGCCAUUUGUGACACAUCUAAAAGUUGCAGAGCAAGUUGGCUCAGCAGCACAGUCUAUUAAGCUUGAUGCUGGAGGAUGUAAAGAUGCUCACUUGUGGUUCAGGAAGGGGACACUUGAAAGGUUUGUACGGUUUGUUAGUACACCAGAGGUUUUGGAGCUUGUCAAUAACUUCGAUGUUGAAAUGUCUCAACUUGAAUCGGCUAGGAAAAUAUAUUCACAGGGAAUGAGUGAUGAUCUUUCUGGUUCAGGUGAGAGUGGGUCUGGAGUCACUGGCGCAGCUGAUGCAACAAAGAAGGAGCUAUUGCGAGCCAUCGAUGUUCGGCUUACUGCAGUUCAACAAGACUUAUUAGCAGCUUGCUCUUGCGCAGCCUCUGCUGGUUUCAACCUAGACACAGUUUCAGAGCUUAAAAUGUUUGCAGAUCAGUUUGGCACAGGCCGAUUAAACGAAGCUUGCACAAAGUUUAUAGCGUCGUGCGAGAGACGGCCGGAGAUAAUGAGGCAAUGGCAAGCCGGAGCGGACGAUCUGGUGGUACGAACCUCAUACGGUUCAGACAUGUCCAUUGACGACGAACCGAUUACGCCACCAAACCAACUAACCGCUGGGUCCCACCCUACCCGCCGAGAUUCGAACUUCACUCAACAACAACAACAACAACAACGUCCUCGCCCACCGGACCAAUCCAACACUUCAACUUCUCAGCAGCCUAGAUCUUCAUCCGACGCUCUCUCUCUGCGACGAAGCAGAGAGUCGAGCGUCGAGCCAGAGGAGAAGAGCGUCGGAGAGAAUAAUAGUGUAGAGUCCGAGCCAACUCCGGCGAGUCAGCCGAUGAGGCGGCUCAGCGUUCAGGACCGGAUCAACAUGUUCGAGAGCAAGCAGAAGGAGAAUGUGGGGAGCGGGGCCAAGGCAUCCGCCGGAAAGCCUGAGAUCCGGAGACUCUCGUCUGAUGUCUCGGCGGCCCCGUCGGCGGUGGAGAAGGCGGUGUUGAGGAGAUGGAGCGGCGUAAGCGACAUGAGCAUUGAUUUGAGUUUCGAAAAGAGUGAUGGUGAAACUCCUCUAUGCACUCCAUCUUCCGCCACUGUUUCUCAGUCCAAGCAUGACGACCAAAAACGAUCAGGUUUGACUGAUACACCAUCAAUUUCAAGUAAGCCCGAGUUCGUGAUUGUCCCACCUCGAGUCAAGGACAGCAAACUCAAAGACUCCGAGUCCAGGGAAGAGGUAGUUGGGUCAGAUCCAUUUACCCUUUCACAUUCUAAAUCCAGUAAUUCAAAGUUGCCCAGCUCCGUUGAGACUGAUGGUUUGAAGGGUCAGACUUGGCCUAAUUUAAUUGCGACCCAGUCAGAGGACAACAGUUUGAAAGAAAAAACAGAAUCAGAAGGGCAGUUCAGCGCUUUGUCUUGGGAUAAACCCAAUAAAGCUGCUUUGGCUACCUGGGCAAAGUUCAAGACUACUCAGACGCAGACUGCGAACUCUUUGCAAGAGCAGUUCGGGUCAUCUGAUAAUUUAGGUGAUCAGUCAUCUUUGCAUUUACAGUCUAAGGCUACUCAAAGGACUAGCGGGAAUUACGGGUGGUCAGAACGUGGUUCUGUAGCAAGAGGUAAAGAUACUUGGGCUCCUCACAAGAAAGGACUUGAAGGUGAUUCUUCAAUUGAGGCAAUCAAGAAGAACGAGGUGGCUGCCUCAUCUGAGAAAGUGGAUGGAAGUUCUACAUCAACAUUUGGUAACACCGAAAACCCCAUAAUGAGGUUUAAGAAUCAAGCAGUAGGUGCGGAAGUGAUUAAAAGGCCACAAGAUCUCAUGAAACAGGCUACUUCUAUUUCUGAGAAUAAGGAAACAAUUUUCUCCGUCAAAAGGGUAAGGGAGGCUCAGGAGGGCUUUGGUUCAUUUUCAACACCCCCAGCAGAGCUGGCUCAGAGGUUACGCCAGCCAAAAGGGAACCAGGAACUCAAUGAUGAGUUGAAGAUGAAAGCAAAUGAACUUGAGAAACUCUUCGCUGAGCAUAAACAACGUGUUCCUGUAGAUCAGUUGAAUCCUUCUCGGAGAAAUAGGCCUGUAGAGAUGCAAAACCAGCCGCAAGCAAGUUUGUUGUAUAGGAACCCUGUAACAGAUAAUGCUUCUGUUCAGUUGCCUGACAAGUACAUGUUGGCUGAACCUGCUGGAAGUUCGAGUGACAUGAUCAGAUCCGAGGCUACUCCCAUGAUGAGAAUUGCUGACAAUCAUGGUCAUAUUAAUGCUCUAAAUGAGAAUUUCUCUGAGCUUAGUUUAUCAGAAAGUUCUCGAGGAAAAUUCUACAAGAGGUAUAUGCAAAUAAGGGAUGCAAAAUUAAGGGAAGAAUGGAAUUCCAGGGGAGCUGAGAAGGAAGCCAGGCUGAAGGCUAUGCAGGACAGGCUUGAAAAGAGUAGAACUGAGAUGAAAGCUAAAUUUUCAGGAUCUGCAGAUAAAGAUGAUUCAAUUUCCAGUACUCGCAGGCGCACAGAGAGACUCAGGUUAUAUAAUAGCAGGUCAUUAAUGAAGAGAGAGAAGCAACAUUUAGAUUUUGAGCGAAGUGACAAGGAAGGUAUACCAGAAUUUCCUGAAUGGAAGCAGUAUGUGGAAGGAAGUAACUUCAAUGUGGCACGGGAUGCAUCUUUUGAAGAUGAUGUUUCUAGGAGUGCUCAAGUUAAGAAGAUUUUACCUUCUAAAAGCUCAUCUUCAUCCACUCCUCGCACCUCUGCAGUACCUGUUCCAAGGUCGGCUGUAAAAACUUCUAAUAGCAAUCUAGGCAGGAGAAGAUUGCACUCUGAAAAUCCUCUCACACAGUCUGUCCCAAACUUCUCAGAUAUGAGAAAAGAGAAUGCAAAGCCUUCAUCUGCAGCUGGUAAAGCAACACGUUUACAAUCUAGAGGCAAUUCUCAUAGCAAAAGCACUAGAGAGGAGAUAUCCAUAAAGGAAGAUAAAUCUCGACGACCACAGUCUUUGAGAAAAAGCACUGUGAAUGUGGGGGAGUUCAGAGAGCCAACUGUUUUGAAUUCUGAAGAUGUUUUGACACCACUAAGAGUUCAUGAAGAGAUCCAGAAUAAACAUACCAAGACGGUGGACUCAAAACCUUUCCACAAGAGGAAUAAGAGUACAGAUUUUAGUUCUAGAGUUGAUGUUUCAAAGCAGAAAGUUUCUAGGGCACCUGAGACCAUGAACAGUGAUGAAGAAUAUGAAGAUGCAAUCUUUGAACCAGAGGACCCAAUGAAUGCAGUCAAAGAUGAAGAAGAUGAAGAGUUUGAGAGCAUGAUCACUGAGCAUAACUCUAACUUAGAAAAUGGGGAUUCUAGACUGAGUCAUGAAUCUGAGGAAUCAACAGAUUUUGGGUCAGAAAAUGGUGAUCUUGUGAGAUCUUUUGCUCAUAUUGACCCUUCUUUGGCAGCUGAAUUGCCUGCUAUUGUUCCAUCUGAACUAGAGUCUGCUGAACACGUGGAAAAUUCACCAACAGAAAGUCCUGUGUCCUGGAACUCUCGCUCUCAUCACCCGUUUUCUUAUCCUCAUGAGAUGCCUGAUGUUGAUGCUUCUGUGGACUCCUCAAUGGGAAGCCCUACUUCCUGGAACUCUCAUUCAUUAAGCCAAACAGAAGUCGAUGCUGCUAGAAUGAGGAAGAAAUGGGGAACUGCUCAGAAACCCAUGCUGGUUGUCAAUUCUUCCCAAAAUCAGUCCCGCAAGGAUGUUACCCGAGGGUUUCGGAGGUUACUAAAGUUUGGAAGGAAAAGUCGUGGGAUGGAAAGCUUCGUUGACAGGAUAUCUGCUACUACUUCUGAAGGUGAUGAUGAUACAGAAGAUGGACGCGAUCCUUCCAAUCAGUCAUCAGAAGAUUUGAGGAAGUCAAGAAUGGGCUUUCCUCUAGGGCAUCCUUCUGAUGAUAAUUUCAGUGAAAAUGAGUUCUUCAGUGGACAAGUUCAAUCCUUGCAGAGUUCUAUUCCAGCACCUCCAGCUAACUUCAAGCUGACAGAGGAUCAUUUAUCCGGGAGCUCACUAAAAGCUCCGAGAUCAUUUUUUUCAUUGUCAACCUUUCGUAGCAAGGGUAGUGAUUCCAAGAUUAGAUGAAUUUCUUUCUCCAAACCCGGGCAGAUGCUUGGGAUUGCCUUAAUAGGGACAUAAAGGUAAUAAUAGAUAUGAUAGCAAUUGGUUGAGAGGUAGGGAGUAUACUAUCGUCUAUAUAUUAUCUAUACCUCUUGUAUAUCGCUUUGGUUUUGUGAAGUCAUGCUUGUUCUUUUGUUAUAUUUCUAGUAGUUGAUUUGGAACAUUGUGCUGUAUAGUGUUGUAAAAACACUUGUGAUUGGUGGAAUAUUAAUGCAAUUUUGGUAGUCAAAGGCAUAUUUCUUAUGCUGUCA